AGCCCUCCAUCCUCCAGGGAGAUAAAAGGGGAAAAGCUGAGCUGUGGCUUGAUAAUUCGUGCCUCCCAUUCUCCCCUGCAGGGCUCCCACCUCCUCCUCUCUCUUCUGCUAUGUCUUGCCGUUCCUUCCAGCCAGGCUCUAGAUGUGGCAGUCGGAGCUUUAGUUCGUUCACAGCUGUCAUCCCCCGGAUGGUGACCCACUAUGCAGUGAGCAAGGGGCCCUGCCGGCCUGGGGGCGGUGGGGGCCUCCGAGCCCUGGGCUGCCUGAGCUCACGGAGCCUGUGUAAUGUGAGCUUUGGAAGGCCCCGGGUUGCUUCUAGGUGCAGCCUGCCUGGUUUCGGGUACCGAGUGGGGAUUCCCUGUGGAACUCCUCCCUGCAUUGCCCCUGUCACCGUCAAUGAGAGCCUGCUGGUACCACUCGAGCUGGAGAUUGACCCAAGUGUGCAGAAAGUGAAGAGGGAUGAGAAGGAACAGAUCAAGUGUCUCAACAACCGCUUUGCAUCCUUCAUCAACAAGGUGCGGUUCUUGGAGCAGCAGAACAAGCUACUGGAGACCAAAUGGAACUUCCUGCAGCAGCAGAGGUGCUGCCAGAGCAACAUCGAGCCCAUCUUCGAGAGCUACAUCUGUGCCCUCCGGAGGCAGCUAGACUGUGUGGCUGGGGACCGAGCGAAGCUGGAGUCGGAGCUCUGUAGCCUCCAGGACGUGCUGGAGAGCUACAAGAAAAAGUAUGAAGAGGAGCUCUCCCUAAGACCCUGUGCUGAGAAUGAGUUUGUCGCCUUGAAGAAGGAUGUGGACACGGCAUUCUUGAUGAAGGCUGACCUGGAGACGAAUGUGGAGGCUUUGCUCCAGGAGAUCGACUUCCUGAAAGGCCUGUAUGAAGAGGAGAUCUGCCUGCUCCAGUCUCAGAUUUCGGAGACCUCCGUCAUUGUGAAGAUGGACAAUAGCCGAGACCUGGAUGUGGAUGGAAUCAUUGCGGAGAUCAAGACCCAGUAUGAUGACAUCGCCAGCCGCAGCAAAGCUGAAGCAGAGGCCUGGUACCAGUGCCGGUACGAGGAGCUGAGGACGACAGCCGGGAAUCAUUGUGACAACCUCCGCAACCGCAAAAAUGAAAUCCUGGAAAUGAACAAGUUGGUCCAAAGAUUGCAGCAAGAAAUUGAGAACGUCAAAGCCCAGCGUUGCAAACUUGAGAGUGCCAUAACUGAGGCAGAGCAGCAGGGUGAGGCAGCCCUCAGUGAUGCCAAGUGCAAGCUGGCCGGGCUGGAGGAGGCCCUGCAGAAGGCCAAGCAGGACAUGGCCUGCCUGCUCAAGGAGUACCAGGAGGUGAUGAACUCCAAGCUGGGCCUGGACAUCGAGAUUGCCACCUACCGGCGCCUGCUGGAAGGCGAGGAGCACAGGCUGUGUGAAGGUAUUGGGCCUGUGAAUAUUUCCGUGAGCAGCUCGAAAGGUGCUGUCCUGUAUGAACCCUGCAUGGUCAGCACACCCGUGCUGAGGACCGAGUACUGCUCAGGGAGCACCAGCGUAUUGCGCAGCAGUGGGAGCUGCAGUGUAGUGGGCACUGGAGAACUCUAUAUCCCCUGCGAGCCCCAGGGGGUACUGAGCUGUGCAAGUGGGCGGGGCUCCAGCAUGAAGCUAGGGGCUGGGGGUGGCUCCUCCAGCCACAAGUGUUAG